GGGGAGGGGCACAAGCUUCAUGGGCGGUGACGUCACGGGACAUAGCGGAACCAAACUCGCCGAGGCAGGAACUUUAUGCGUGCAAUUGUCGAGGUUUCCAUCGUCCGGAAGCGACGAGUGGGAACGGACCGCGAUCCCCCCCCCCCCUCUUCCACCCCCCUCCUCACAUCCGCACGUGUCCCACGCGUUUUGUUUACAUUUUGUCCGUGAUAUAAUUCGUUAUUUUUAUUAAAAUUUAAUUUUUUACAAAAGCAAUUUUUUUAUUUUUUUUACCCGUGUCGUAUUGACCGGAGAGUUAUCGGCGGGCGGGGAGACACGCUCAAGCUCGGCGUUGUUACUUCCUGGGCGCGCGUUGCAGACUUUGCGAUGGACGAAAUUGAGGAGCAGCUGAGAGAAACUCCGGGGUCGGGAGGAGAAGAGGUGGAGGAGGGGAGCUGCUUGCGCGGAGUUCCAGGUGAAAUUUCGUCGUCGCUCGAGGCAGCGGCAGCAGUGGUGACGGAGGAGCCUGGGGAUGGUGGAGUCUCGAAGCGACAGCGGAAGAAAAUGCUGCGACAGAAGCAGUGGGAGGAUGGCCGAGAACAACGCAGGCUGCAGCGGAAGGAGCGGCGCCAGCGGAGGAAGCAGGAGGGGGGCGAGGAACCGGCGAGGAAGCGCGUGCAUGCCGAGCCGGAGCCCAGCGGCGUCCGCGUCGCCAUCGACUGCGGCUUCGACGACCUCAUGCUGCUGCGCGACGUCAAGAAGCUGCACAAGCAGAUCCAGCGCUGCUACGCCGAGAACCGGCGCGCGGCACGCUCCGUGCUGCUGCUGCUGACCAGUCACAGCGGGCAGCUGAAGACAAACAUGGACACGCACGAUCGCGGAUACCUCAACUGGAAGGGAAUCGAGGUGCGAGGGGAGCGCGUUGAGGAGGCCGUGCACACAGCAGAACUUGUCUACCUCACAUCCGAGUCGCCGCACACCCUGGCGAGCGUGGAGAGCGGACGCACGUAUGUCAUCGGCGGCCUGGUCGAUCACAACCACCACAAGGGCCUGACGCUGCAGAAGGCGGAGGAGCUUGGGGUGGAGCACGCGCGUCUCCCGCUCGACGACUACGUCAAGAUGUCGAGCCGCAAGGUCCUCACCGUCAACCACGUGUUCGAGAUCCUUCUCGCGUACCUCGACCUGGGGGACUGGCGCGGCGCCUUCCUCCGCGUGCUGCCGGACCGCAAGCAGGUCGUCCCCAUUACCCACGAGGCCUCUCCGCCGGCAACGAGCGACGAGAACGGUUGCCGCGGCGCCGCCGCCGUCGUCGUCAAGGACCGCGAGCGCCGUUGCCGAGACGACGGUGGAGACGCCGCGGGCCCGCAGACGGGAGGCCCCGGGGUGAAUCCCAAGAGGAGCGAAUCGGUGAAUGCGGAAACGGGAGGCUCGUUAGGUCUGGAGAUGGGGGAUGGAAUGAAUUUGGGCAAGAGCAAAUCGGUGAAUCCUGAGAUGGGGGAGACCCAGUGAAUCCUGGGAGGGGAGAUGCAGACGUGAAUCCAGAGAAGAAUGAAUCGGUGGAUGCGGAGAUACGAGACUCGUUGCGUCCAGAGAUGGGAGAUGAUGCGGUGGAUGUGGAAAAGAGAGACUCGGUGAAUGUAUAAACAGGGAGACUUAUUGGAGAUUGGAGAUGCAAUGAAUGUAGAUAUGGACGUAGUAAAUUAUGUAAAUCCUGAGAUUGGAGAUCAAAUUAAUACAGAGGUGGAAGACCAGUCGAAUGUGGAGAAUAGAGACUCGGUAAUAUCUGGAGGUGGGAGGCGAAUGUCUGGGAUGACAGACAGAUGCGGUGUGCAUCCAGCGAUGAGAAGCUCUGUAAAUCCACAAGAGAAGGGCUCGGCAGCAUUGGGAGAUGCCGUGCAUCCAGAGAGGAGAGAUGCCGUUAAUGUGGAGGGAGGGUGGGGGGGCAGAUUCGGUGAACCCAGCAACAAGGAAAACCUCAUGAAUCUGAUGACUUGAAGCUCCUUGAAUGCAUCAAGGCCACGUGACGCACUCUGGCAGGGGUGGGCGGGGAACGUACGACACGACGCAGCCCCUCGCGGCUUCAUUUCAUUCGCCCCCGGGACCACGUGGGCCAAGGCCUACGACUGCAAAACAGCCGCGCAGGCGCUCCGUGUCCCAUCGCCGCCGCCGGUGCCGCAGCCACUUGUCUGUCUGCUGCGGAGCCGCGACGCGACAUGGGCACCGCGUUGGCGAGAGGGGAGCGGGCGCAGGGUGUUGCCGCCUUCGUUGCGGUCGGGCUGAGGAGCCCGGGCGAUGUGUGGUCGCCUUGCCAAAGUUACUGGACGGUCCUUUUUCGGCCCUCGUUAAGGAAAAGUGUCCCCCCCCCUCCCCCCAUCCCUGCGCUAGGGCAAUUUUAGGGCAACCGUUGCCAGCAAUCGUCACCGGUCAGCGCAUUCACUAUGAGCGACCGUGGCCACUUUGGUGGUGCGACAGUGGCGGUUAGCCGACGGAUUUCUUUCCAGCCAAUGAAAAGGGAGUUUAUUGAAAAUGUGCUUUGUAUGGACGGCGAUUGGUCUGCAAAGCACAGAAACCCCCGGGGCAGCCACAUGAUUGGAGGUUGCCAUCCCUGUUGCGCAAGUAAUAAAAAAAAAUUCAUUCAAUAGCAAAUGGUAUAAAGGGGUGGAGGGGGUGGGUGGCACAGUGGUAAGUGCACAAGUGACCUAACAUAGGUGGCACUUGACAUCUUCACCGGUUCUAGGCCUCCCUUUCCUACUGGCACCCUUCGUGCUUUUUUUUUACCAGUAUGGUAAAGUAUGGUCAAUCAACUCCCAUAACCAACACAUUGUAGGCAAUGCUGUCAUUCAGCAGUGGAUUGAUAAAAGGCUGUUAGAUAUCACUAAUCAUUAAAAUGGUGUAGAAACUUGCUGGUGACUAUCGAGGCUAUAAAUUGCUCUCAAGUUGCCCUCGCUGAUCAAUGUACGUGUAUGUAUGCUGAACUUCUUUCGCACCGUCCGUAGCCAGCCGUGCUAAUCGGAGGCCUUAGGAGACGGGUCGAAUUCCCCAGAGACGGUGGACGGCGACGUGAGUCUAGCGAGACGGGAAAUUCGCGACACGGGAAAUCUGGCAGAAUUAAUCGUAGGCGAGCAUUGCUAGGAGGUGCGGAUGGUGGCCUGAGCGGUGCGAGUGGCAACAGAGCAAAUGGACGAGGCCGGAACUCCAAUCUCCGGCAAAAUUGGCGAUGGGAGAGUAGAUGGGAGGGCGAAGUGGAGGGGGGGUGGGAAUGGCUGUGACGAAGGCCAUCGUGAACAAUUCAUGGGGCUCACCGCAGCAUCGGGGACGUCCACGGGGCCACCCAUGCCUGCAGGUUGCGUCUUCUUGGAGAAAUGCAAGUGAAAUGUUUUACGAAAGUUUUGUAUUUAUUUUAGCUUGAAUUUUAUUUUUAAAUUCCGGUAUACGAAGAGGGUGGCCAGGCAGCUACCGAGAUCCUGAGUUGCAACCGCGUACGGCGAGUUAGACCGGUUCUCGCGUGCAGUGAUUUGAUGGUCCUCGGCCUGGUCACCAAUGAUCGCACGAAAAAAAUCGUCAAAUUUAAAUUGUUGCUGCUCUGAGAAAUAAAAUAAAAAAAUAUCGGAGGCCAUCCGUAAUGCAAGGAACGUUCUCUCUAGCAGGGUGGGAGGAAAAAUGUUGCCACCUUCCCCCCCCCCCCCCUCUUACUGUGCACACCUUGGAGGGAUCUCGAAAGCGUUUUAUGCGAUAUCCGCUUCUGCGGGCCACUCUCCCUCCCAACGCGGAGUGAAGCACUGCUCUAAGAGAGUUCCGAAUGGGGCCUCCAUCGCGUGACGCGACACCGAUGGCACAAAUCGCGAUAAAAGUUUUGGGGGAACAAAAGUCACACGUAAAGUUGCGAAUGCUGUUUGUUUUUAUUAAGCAGAUAUAGAACAUCUGCCGACGCACGGUGAAGUUUGACAUGAAUAUUCCAUUGCAAAUAAAACCUACUUUGAAUAUACGUCUGCAAAAUAUUGGUUCUGACAUCUGCUUUCAGCUACUUUUGACCCAAAACACAACUUUCCACGCCUCUGCAAGAAACCUCUCUUUCUCCGCCGAUAUUUCAACCCAACGGCAAAUGAGCGUAUCCCGCGGGGAAACAAACACGUGAUCCAUUUACAGAUACCCCGCUGGAUUCCAACGAGCCCGCUUGAGGGAUCCUCUCAGCGGGCGGUCGGAUAACCGCAAGAGCGACGGCCCGCUAGACAACAGCGAAGAAGUGCCGGGAUACGUGACCGAGCGCUAUUAAGAACGGUGGGAGACCAACAGAGACUUUGAAUUUAAAAAAAUCGAUUUUCCACUAAUUUCUUAAACAGUAUACAUAAUUGCUUUUUUGGGUUAGGGCCACGUGGUGGUGCUGGUGGCUUUAUGCGGAUGUUCUUGUCGUUAAACCCUUCGCCGCCCGACGAGGCUGUCACGUUCACCAAGGUACGCGUGGCUUCUACGUGGCCCAGCGCAUCGAUCAAUUUCCGACCAACGAAGCUCCUCGUCGCCACCGUGGCUUCAGCCUGGGAGUCCUCCACAGGGCGGGUGCAAUCGCCCCCCCCCCCCCCGUGUCGAGAGGCUUUACCCCCCACAAAGCCCCACGGCAAUGCGUGGCGAGUUGUUUGAGUUCCUGUUCGGUUCGGUUAGACGGGAGCGCUCCUGCCAAUGAGAGCAUCUGGUAAUCGGGCAGCGUUUGUUUAAUGGGGCACUUCUCGGCUGAUGACGGUCCGGAGUUUGUUCAAACAGUUGCAGUUUGGUAAUGUUGGUAUGGGCUAAAAAAAGCUUUUGUAUGUGGAGACAACGAAGUUCACCUUAUAUGUUGUUUAAACCCAUAAUGCUGCAUGUCAGCUUAUAUUGAAUUUGUGCUCUGUACGCAUCUGCCGCGAGUACAUUUCAUUGCAACCGAGCGAAGAGCGGGGGUUCGGGUCAGAAAUAAUCACCUCUAUGGGUGAGAAGCACUUCCACGCAAGCACCAAAAACUGGCAUUGCCUCUCGAGUUUUACAGUUCAAUUCACGCAGCAGGUUUCUGAGCAAGGGACACCAUCGUACCGCGAGCUAUCCGAAAUGUGUCUGCCAAGUUAACGAAGGGUUGUCUCUCGACCAGCUGGGUUUUUACGUUUUCAAAAUGCCAAGCUAAGUUACUGUGGAGUGGUGAGCACACGGGGGACCUCUUUGUUUUAUUGCGCAUUCCAAAGAGGUCGUGAAUUGACCUCGAAAACAAACAAGCAAACAAAAACGAUCAAGAUGCUUUGAAAAGCGGAAACGUCUUUCGAUGUUUCAAAUAGUCGAGAGACGCACAAGCGCAUCGAGCACAAUCGCUCACUUUUGCGCGACCUAAGGUUAAAACAGCAAAUAUUAACGCGCCUAAGUGGAAGUGCGGAACUACUCUUUUUGUUUAAUGUACGCCGCUCUCUUCAGAGUCCACGCCGUGUGUCGGUAAUCGCCGGACGUUGCAAUCAUUUAGUGGUGCCGGUUUUAUUCCGCCGAAAAGAUUCAAUCGUGAGCUGGGCGGCUCGUCAGAAAAAAAUUGGUUAUCGCACGGAAGUGCGAUUCAUUAAGUAGAGACUCAAUAAAAAAAAA